GAUAUAAUUAAAGUGAUUGUGCAAUUAAGGAAGAAAAUAAAAGCUGGUGAUUUCUGAUCUGCCCUCCAGAAUCUAGCAGAAGAAGCCAAGUUUCAGUCAAGUUUCUACUUCCAUAGCCUGACAUAAACAUUCCUAAUGGCUAAUGAGGCUCAACCUUGCCCAUGUGACAUUGGACAUAAGAUCGAAUAUGGAGGCCUGGGACAUGAAGUACAAAUUGAGCAUAUCAAGGCUUAUGUUAGCCAACCACCAUCUAACACAGACAAAGCUGUGAUUGUUGUUCAAGAUAUUUUUGGCUGGCAGAUGCCCAACACCAGAUAUGUGGUUGAUAUGAUUGCAGCCAAUGGAUACAUAGCAAUCUGCCCAGACUUCUUUGUAGGGAAAGAACCUUGGCACCCAUCUGAUGAUAUGUCUACCUUCCCGGAAUGGCUGAAAACAAGAGAUGCUAGAGAUACUGAUAAAGAGGCUAAUGUUGUUCUUAAGUAUCUGAAAGAGAAAUGUCAUGCCCAGAGAAUUGGUAUUGUUGGAUUCUGCUGGGGCGGAAUUGUUGUACAUGAUUUAAUGAUGAAAUAUCCAGAAUUAAAAGCAGGAGUCUCAGUCUAUGGCAUUAUCAAAGAUUCUGAAGAUGUAUAUAGUUUGAAGAAUCCUACACUAUUUAUUUUUGGAGAGAAUGAUUUUGUAAUUCCUCUUGAGCAAGUCACUUUGCUGACACAGAAGCUGAAAGAACACUGCAAAGUUGAUUAUCAAAUUAAAAUAUAUCCUGGGCAAACUCAUGGGUUUGUGCAUCGCCAGAGAGAAGAUUGGAACCCUAAAGAUAAACCAUAUAUUGAAGAAGCAAGGAAGGAUCUAAUUAACUGGCUGAACAAGUAUAUUUAGCCAAUAGCAAGGAUACAGCCUUUUUCAAAUUAACCAGAAUGGAAUUCUUAAUAAUUUUAACUUUCAAAAUUCAGAAGACUAUUAAAAUGAAUUAUUUUACCUAGAAAUCAUAAUUUCUGUUUUGAAAAUCAUCAUAUGCCUUGUUUAUUCCUUUAACAAUUAUUCUCAUGUUUAUAGGUAACCUUAUCUAGAUAAGCUGCACGAUAGUAAGAUCUACACAAGUAAUUGCAAUAUAGAAUGAAGAAAUAUAAGGAACAUAUAAUUCCAAUAGUGGAAUUUAGUGUCAGGAAAGGAUGCUUUUGGCCGGAGGCAUCAGGAAAAAAGGCAGCAUUUGAGCUGGAUCACAAAGGGAAGGAAGUAGAUAAACAUAGCAGGGAUGUGUUCCAGGUGGAGGGGAAAAUCAGGAGUAAAACCACUCUUCUCUCCCACCCAAGGAUACCGUUUUUCUUUGCAAUGGAUACAUACUAGGGAGAAAGCAACCUAAGCAUUAUGUGGGAACUGUUACCCAAAGGUAAUUAUAAAAGAGGAGGCUUGAUUUAAUUUGUAGAGCUUUGAGUAACAACGUAAAAUGAAAAACUGGAAGAUUUUUGUUUAAGGAGCAAUCUGCAUGAAUCUAACUUUACCAUGACUUCCAACUGUUGUUGCCUUUGCAUAUUUUUUUCUUACAUAAUUCAGUUUUUGAAAAGCUCAAUUUUUUUUCCCACCACAGAUCUCACAGCUAUGGGAGGAGCUAUGAUGUUAGUAGUCAUAGAUGUUUCAAAACCACCUCUAAAUUUCCAGAUACUCAGCUGCUAAUGAACAUACUAAUAUACUGUCUUGUACCUUAGGCCUAGUAUCAGAGAAAUGAGUGCAAUGCUAGGACAACACAUUAACCACAGAAAAUUUAGCGGGUCCUUGUCCUGAGCACCUGCGUCUGCAUUUCCGGUCGAGUAUGAGAGAGAUAAAGAAAUAUGUGGGCCAGGUGGGUAGCAAGUAAAGAACCGGCACCAUUUAUUAACCUGAGGGCUAGGGUUUUUAUACCUCAUUCGUGGGAACAGAACCCAGUGUAGCAAAAGGCAAAAGUAUCAAUUAUUUUUCUCAUGGGAACAGUAACUGGGGGGGGGGUGUCCCCCCUUGAACCGUUUCCUUGCCUCCCGUAAUCUUCAAGGUCCUUCUGUUCUCAAGAGAGACAGAGCAAGGGGGAUUGGAGAGCCUACAUAUCUGACUUAGGCAGCCAUCGGACAGAGCCCAGGCAAUAGGUAAAACCUGGCCUAGCCUAAAUCCUCUGACUCAGUGCUGGCCCUCAGCAGGUCCUGGAGGGGAAAACUGUGGAUAAGUACACUUAAAUUUAUGAAAUGAUCUUAGUUUGCAAGCAAUCCAAUUAGUCUUGAUGAAAAUUAAGUUUAUUAUGAUAAUCAUCCAGGACCAUACCUUGAGUGUUAGACAAUAGCCAUCUGUCAAAAACCAAAAAAACCCCAAACAUCCAGAACAUGAGGCUAAAAUAAAUAAUUUUUAAACCAAA